AUGCAGUCUUCCAACGAGAAAGGUAUUUCUAUCGCAAUUGAUAGAGGCGGUACAUUCACAGACUGCGUAGGAAAUCCCGGAACAGGCCGACUUGAAGACGACAUCGUGAUAAAGCUUCUCUCCGAAGAUCCGGCAAACUACAAAGAUGCACCCCUUGAAGGAAUUCGACGGAUCAUGUCCAUGGUUACGGGGCGUGAAAUUCCUCGAGGAGAAGCCAUUGACACUUCUCUGAUCAAGUCUAUUCGGAUGGGCACAACGGUAGCAACGAAUGCCUUACUCGAACGCAAAGGGGAAAAGAUCGCACUCGUUGUGACCCAGGGAUUUAAAGAUUGUCUUCAAAUUGGGAAUCAGUCGCGGCCGAAAAUUUUUGAUCUUGCUAUAAAACGUCCUGAGGUGCUUUAUGAAGAGGUGAUUGAGAUUGAGGAGCGGGCUACUUUGGAAGAUUAUGCUGAAGAUCCGGAACGGCAUGUCACGGAUACAGAUCCCCGGGGAAGAGCUCAGAUGAUGCAGAGAUCAACGCAACUUCAACAAGUCUAUGAUCGAGGAAUUCGAAGUAUAGCAGUAUGUCUUAUGCAUGGCUACACAUUUCCCGAUCACGAAGCAUUGGUCGGACGAAUCGCUACAGAAAUCGGCUUUGAACAUGUCAGCCUGAGCCAUGAGUUGAUGCCCAUGAUCAAAUUAGUGCCGCGAGCCACGUCCGCCUGCGCCGAUGCCUAUCUAACGCCGACGAUAAAGAAGUACAUUUCCGGCUUUCAGGCUGGGUUCUCCGGUGGUCUUGGAAGUGAGAGUGUGAAGCGCGAGGAUAGUUCGCACAGUGCUCGGUGCGAGUUCAUGCAAUCGGAUGGUGGAUUAGUUGACGUGGACCAAUUCUCUGGACUACGGGCAAUACUGUCAGGUCCAGCGGGUGGGGUCGUGGGGUACGCAUUGACAUCCUACGAUCCUGUAUCAAAAAUUCCUGUCAUUGGGUUUGAUAUGGGUGGAACCAGUACGGAUGUUAGUAGGUACGGCUCUGGUCGGUAUGAGCAUGUGUUUGAGACCACGACGGCCGGAGUGACUAUACAAUCUCCACAGCUGGAUAUCAAUACCGUCGCAGCUGGUGGUGGCUCCAGACUAUUCUAUCGCAAUGAGUUAUUUGUCGUCGGUCCUGAAUCUGCAGGGGCCCAUCCGGGGCCUGCUUGUUAUCGCAAAGGUGGACCUUUGACGGUGACGGAUGCGAAUCUGUUUCUGGGUAGACUCAUUCCAGACUUUUUUCCGAGGAUAUUUGGACCGGACGAGAAUCAGGGCCUGGAUGAGGAAGCAAGUCGGGAUUUAUUUGAGAAACUCACGGUCGAAAUUAAUGAGAAAAUUGCGUCGAGUGGCCAGAGCAACAAAAUGUCCCCUGAUGAAGUUGCAUUUGGAUUCAUCAAAAUUGCCAACGAGACUAUGACUCGACCCAUUCGAUCCUUGACUGAGGCGAAAGGACACGAUACCUCAAAGCAUCGCUUGGCCACCUUUGGAGGUGCUGGAGGCCAACAUGCCGUAGCCAUCGCAGAGAAUCUCGGCAUUCGGCAAAUCCUGAUUCAUCGGUACUCGUCCGUCCUGUCAGCAUACGGAAUGGCGCUGGCGGAUGUCGUUGAUGAAAGCCAAGAGCCAGAAUCAAAGACAUGGCGUGAUGACGACAGAACAGUUCUGCAAGAGCUUGCGAAGAAGAUGACCGAGCUGAAGCAGCGAUCUGCGACAAGACUCAAAGAGCAAGGCUUUGAAGAUGAAUCCGUGGUAUUUGAAGAAUAUCUCAACAUGCGAUAUCGAGGUACAGAAUCUGCGUUGAUGAUCUUACGGCCCAGCAAAGAAGACGCAGAUCAACAUUUUGGCGGCGACGACUGGGCCUUCGGAGAAGUAUUUGUGCAGCAGCACGAACAAGAGUUCGGCUUCACCCUUCCAGACCGUGAUAUAAUCGUCGAUGAUGUCCGAGUACGCGGGAUCGGGAAGACAUUUGAAGCAUCCGAGAAGACAGUUGACCAGCAGCUCCGAGAAUCAAAGCCAGUCGACGUCGUGGGCCGUGAGUAUCGAAAGUCCCAAGUAUAUUUCGAAGGCGGUCGAUACGAGACACCAAUCUACAAACUGGACGAUCUCCAAAUAAACGACCGGGUGAAAGGGCCAGCCAUCUUAGCAGACGACACCCAAACGAUCGUCGUGACGCCAGGAUCCUACGCACUACUAACCAAAACCCACGUCGUCAUCAAUAUCGGAGAAUCCGAUUCCAAUCCGCCCCCAAUCAGCACCGAUGCCGUGGACCCUAUCUUGUUAAGCGUCUUCUCGCAUCGAUUCAUGGCAAUUGCGGAGCAGAUGGGUCGCGCUUUGCAGAAAACAAGUGUUAGCACGAAUGUUAAAGAACGACUUGACUAUUCGUGCGCAUUAUUUGAUCCUGAUGGUGGCCUUGUUGCCAAUGCACCUCACUUGCCGGUUCAUCUGGGCAGCAUGUCAACAUGUGUACGAAUGCAAGCCGAGCUUUGGAAAGGAAAUUUGAAACCUGGGGAUGUAUUGGUUUCUAACUCGCCGUGUCGGGGUGGGACACAUCUUCCUGAUAUCACGGUGAUUCAACCGGCCUUUAGCGAGGGGAAAAUAAUCUUCUAUGUGGCUUCAAGAGCACACCAUGCUGACAUCGGAGGUAUCCUCCCUGGCUCAAUGCCACCCCAUUCAAAAGAACUCUACCAAGAAGGAGCGCGUAUAAAAAGCGAGAAGCUAGUAUCAGAAGGCAAAUUCAACGAAAAGCGCAUCACGGAACUCCUCUACGACGAACCUGCUCAAUAUCCCGAUUGCAGUGGAACCCGGUGUCUCGCAGAUAACCUGAAUGAUCUCAAAGCCCAAAUUGCAGCCAACAAGAAAGGAAUCACAUUGAUAAAUACUCUGAUUGAAGAAUACGGCGAGAACGUGGUCUUGUUCUACAUGAAUCAGAUCCAAGCCAAUGCCGAGCUCAGUGUGCGGAAUCUCCUGAAGGAAGUUAGUCAAAAGUUUUCGGGCAGGGACCUCAGUGCUAUUGACUAUAUGGAUGAUGGUACUCCCAUUCAACUAAAGAUCUCCAUCGAUGCAGAGAAAGGCGAAGCCAUGUUUGAUUUUGAAGGGACCGGUCCGGAGGUAUACGGCAACGUCAAUGCCCCAGAGGCUGUCACAUACUCCGCAAUCAUAUACUGUCUACGAUGUCUAAUCUCAGAAGAUAUCCCCCUCAACCAAGGAUGUCUGAAACCAAUCGGUGUUCGAAUUCCGCCAAAUAGUCUCUCUCUCCCAUCCGAGACCGCAGCAGUCGUAGGAGGCAACGUAUUGACAAGCCAACGAGUAACAGACGUAAUCUUAAAAUGUUUCCAAGCAUGCGCCGCCUCCCAAGGCGACACAAACAACCUAACAUUCGGCUUCGGCGGCAACCGCUCCGGCGAGGCCGAAAAGAAGGGCUUCGGCUACUACGAAACCAUCGCCGGGGGCAGCGGCGCAGGACCAGACUGGGAGGGAACAUCCGGAGUACACACGCAUAUGACAAACACUCGAAUCACAGAUGCGGAAGUAUUCGAACGUCGGUAUCCCGUUUUACUUCGAGAAUUCAGUCUGCGGCCGAAUUCUGGAGGUAGGGGCCAGCAUCGGGGUGGAGAUGGGGUUAUUCGGGAUAUCGAGUUUCGUAUUCCAGUUCAGGUUUCUAUUCUCUCUGAGAGACGGGUUUAUCAUCCGUAUGGACUUGAGGGGGGUGAGGAUGCGCAGUGUGGGCAGAAUCUUUGGAUUCGGAGGGUUGAGAAGUCUGAUGGGAGUUGGGGGGAGAGGUGUAUUAGUUUGGGAGGGAAGAAUUCGAGUAUGAUGCAGCCCGGUGAACGGAUUAUUAUUCGGACUCCUGGUGGUGGUGGAUGGGGACCGGUUGGGGAGGGAGCUCAAUUGGUGAAUGAACCCGAUGCUCGUCAUGGGUGGACGGGAGGGUCGGUUGCGAACUAUACGACGGCACAUGAGGCGAGUAUGUAG